AGAACAUUGCUGUAACAGCGUUGAAGAUGACAAGGUCCAGAUAUCGGAUUACCUCGGCAAAAGUCAUGGUCAAUUGAUGAUCAAUUGACCGUGACUUUUACCAUGACUGUACCAUCAAGCUUGUUACCAUCAUGGUAGUAGAUUCUAGGCCCGUGAGUCGCGACUAGCCUGACUUAUACUACGGAGGACUUGAGAAACGAGUCUACUAAGUAUAGAUUCCCCGACUCGUGAUCAUAUCAAUUAUGCUUAAUCGAUUUUCCACGCAGGCUCUUGGCACGUUCCAUAUGCAACGUAGUCAUGCGUCUUUUGGCACAACAUUUACGUGAAAUACGCAAUUUGUCUCCAACGGGCCUAUUCAAGUUGUGCUGGGGGGAUCUCUCAUGCCAUAUAUAAACCGAGGAAGCAUCAUCCAUGGAGACCGCAGGCGCCCGUGGUUGGCUCUUACUUUCCUUUCACGAUGUCGGUCGAGCAGGGUGAACUGCGCAAAGACAAGGAAAGCGAAAGUUUCGGUGUACAAGCUGAGACUCGGGACAUAUUCACUGAGGAUUCGUUGGACCCUGUAUAUCAGGCCAAAGCCAGGAUCCUCAAUGAUGCGUUGCAGGAGAUCGGAAUGGGAAAGUAUCAGUGGUACUUGUUCCUGGUAGCUGGAUUUGGCUGGCUGUCCGAUAACCUUUGGCCGAUUGUCACUGGUUUGAUAUUGACGCCAGUAGUGAACGAGUUUAACGUACUAGGUCCAUGGCUAAAACUCGCUCAAAACAUCGGAUUGUUAGUGGGAGCUGCGUUUUGGAGCAUUUCUUCAGAUGUUUGGGGUCGGAGAUGGGCCUUCAACAUCACUCUGGGCAUGACUGGUGUGUUCGCCAUUGCGGCUGGGGGAUCUAUGAACUACGUUGCGCUCUGUUCCCUGACCGCGGUGUGGUCAGUAGGCGUAGGUGGCAAUUUGCCUGUCGACUCUGCUGUCUUCUUAGAAUUUGUCCCCGCUUCUCACCAAUAUCUAUUGACGGUACUCUCUGUCUGGUGGGCCUUUGGGCAACUGUUGGGUAGUCUGGUUGCAUGGCCCCUUAUUUCCGAUUACUCUUGUCCCACCACCGUCCCCCCUUCUCCCUGUCCAAGAUCCUCAAAUGAAGGGUGGCGAUAUUUCUUGUUCACUAUGGGUGGGCUCAUGAUGUUCCUCUGGGUAAUCCGCUUUUUCGCUUUCAACCUAUACGAGAGUCCAAAAUACCUCAUGGGACGAGGUCGAGACGAGCAGGCAGUCGAAGUCGUCCACAAAGUUGCAGCCUACAAUGGAACAACAAGCAACCUUACCCUCGAAGACCUCAAGAGGGCUGAAAAACUGGCUGACGCUGCCGUCGACGAUGGCGUUCAUAUGGACACAUCUGCUUUGGCUGCUGUGCGGAGGAAGAUGGGAAUAUUUAGUAAUAACCAUGUUAAAUCGUUAUUUGCCACUCGAAAGAUGGCUUGGUCGACCACUAUUUUGAUCAUUAUUUGGGCUUUGAUCGGCCUCGCGUUUCCGCUGUACAACGGCUUCGUGACAUACUUCUUGGCCACCCGUGGGGCAAAUUUUGGCGACAGUUCCACAUAUAUCACGUAUCGCAACCAAGUCAUACUAAGCGUGAUAGGCGUUCCCGGAGCAUUAAUGGCAGGUUACUUUGUCGAGCUUCCGUACCUCGGUAGGCGAGGCACCUUGGCGAUUUUCACCGUAUUGACAGGUGUAUUCAUACUGGCAUCCACUACCGCACGCACAUCCAAUGCGCUCCUUGGCUGGAAUUGUGCUUAUAGCUACACGAGCAACGUCAUGUAUGGUGUCUUAUAUGCCAUUUCACCCGAAUUGUUUCCUACCAAAGAUCGUGGAACUGGUAACGCGCUCGUGGCCACUGCAAACAGAAUAUUUGGCAUCAUGGCUCCGGUCAUUGCUCUGUACUCUAACCUCACGACAGCUGUGCCAAUCUGGAUUUCAGGAGCCAUAUUCAUCGUCGCUGGUUUUAUUGCUCUUUUGCUACCAUUUGAACCCCGUGGUCACGCAUCUUUGUAGCUAAUCAAUUAUACACGGCUGGGCGGACGCCUUCAUGAUAUUGCACCAUCGUCAAUAACCUUGUAAAAAACUGUAAAUGGAGCAUGGAGCACAUAAGUGCGUCGUAUUGUUCAUUAUAGGUAGAACGGAAUCCCAUAUACAACUGGUGCUGCCCCGGUGAGAUAUUUGAGUUUGCAUGCCUCUCGGGCUUUUGCAAUUGCGGUAACUGCUGACACACCCUGCCCCCCUCCACGAGUCGGAGUCAAUCUCAACGAGUCAAAAACUGCUUGUGAGAACUUGUCGAUAUCGCGGUCAGUUACAUCCCAAAGAUUCGCCACUAGUAGAGGGC